UUACUUUUCCGUCUCUCGUACACGUUUUACGCCAUCUUGAAAUUACACCCGCAGUUUGUCAAGUCGCUCCCGAAUUGAAAAGCACAACAACUCUUUUCAUUAUUGCCACAGUGUCUGGUAUGAACGGUUCUCGAAACAAACCGACACAGAAAGCCAACAGGGGACAGGUGGACGCAGACAGCCGCUCGGAGACGACCCACAGGGAUCGAAAGACUGGUGGAGGAAUGCUGAAGAAGCUGAAGUCGAGGCGCAGUCAAACGGAUAAGUGGCCUGUGGUCACAGAGGAUGAACUCCGGGCUCUGGGAAGAGAUAUUUCCCCGGACCAUGUCCUGGGUCUCCGGGCUGUCACGGAGGACUAUCUUUGCAAACCUGAAGACAAUAUCUACAACAUUGACUUUACACGUUUCAAAAUCAGAGAUCUGGAGACAGGGACAGUCCUGUUUGAGAUUGCCAAGCCUCCUAACAGUGGUCCUGUGGAGAGUGAAGAGGAGAGUGAAGAUGUAGACACCAGCGCAGGGCGUUUUGUCAGAUACCAGUUUACACCCGCCUUCCUAAAACUGCGCACUGUUGGUGCAACUGUGGAGUUCACAGUGGGUGACCGGCCAAUUAACAGCUUUCGUAUGAUUGAGCGGCAUUACUUCCAGGGGCGCCUUCUCAAGAAUUUCGACUUCGACUUUGGCUUUUGCAUUCCCAACAGCCGCAACACAUGCGAACACAUUUAUGAGUUUCCACAGCUUCCAGACGACCUUAUUCGCCAAAUGGUGGAGCACCCUUACGAGACCAGAUCGGACAGUUUCUACUUUGUGGACAACAAACUCAUCAUGCACAACAAGGCAGACUAUGCCUACAAUGGCGGUCUGUAAUACCUGAAGGAAAAAAUGUGUGCAAUACCUCCCAGGGGAUUGAUUUCUUGGAUUGCAACCAUCCAAAAGCUUCUUUUCGGUGGACAGAAGUAUUCUCUCCUUUUUGGACAUUCCAACGAACAUGACAUCAUUCUUCAGAACCAACAGACCAUAUCUGCCUUGAUAUGAAAUCAUGGAUCCAUUCAUCAAUACCUCACAGAGCUCAGUUUCUGGGACUCCGAGGAAUGUUCUCUUAAAUAUUUCUCAGUUAAAUCUGACUGAAGCCUCUUUUUUUUUCCGUCUUUUGGUUUGUCACACAAGUAUCAUUUUACUGCUUGAACACUUUUGCCUUAAGUUUCUUGCCGUCUCUGCUGGAAAGGGACACUUUGAGUCACAGACCUCUCAUGGCAAAGCCAUGACUGUGUUGCUUAUUACUUCAUUUACCUAAAUAUAUAGAUGUAAUCAGUUGAGGUUUAUUUGAACUACCUUUUGCAAGUGACAGUUGUGUUCCCCGUAAGGAAAAGUGAGCAUUACCUAGAUGUUUUACAGUAUUGUUAGUCCUAGAUGAUCGUGUAACACUAGUUGACAUUGUUUGAGUUGUAUUUUUCUUUAAAUAUCUACUAAAAGUUGUUAGUCAUUGGAGCUGUUCACGACAGAUAUUUAAGCUCGGUGUCCAUUUGAUAUGGUUGGUUGACUAAUCUUUUCUUUAGUAGAACAACUUUUAAUUCAACCACAGCAACAGCGCUCUUUCCAUGACUUCAGGUUCUCAUUUCAUCUCUGACAUUCAUUAUGACAAAAACCUUUACAUCAUUGGCUGUCAACUGGGAAUCUAGUGUUUGUUCUACCAAACUCUGCGAUGCACGGCUAGGAAAAGAUAGCUGCAGAAUCUAAGUUACUGGACUUGACACAUCUUGCUUUAUAUCUUCGUCCAUGUCUAAAACUGUUUGCUCUGCCCGUUUUACCCACUCCAGUGUAUAAUCACAGGGUCAUUUAUUCUCUUGAGGUCUGUUCUCGUGGUGUAUUUGGCACAACAGCACUGUGAAUCCCACUGUGUAGGAGCUGAGUUUGGUCAGUUGUGUGGUAUACCCAUUAAACUAGUUGCUGAGUGUAUCUUCUGCUGUUCUGCACUCAGGUUCUCAGAUUACCAAUGAAUUACCACCGUAGCAAACAGCAUGACAGUACAGAGAGAUGUAGCUUGGUAGUUGAUUUAAUGAGUUACUAGGAUAAAUACAGAAGUUGAGCUGUCUCUUUUUCUACUUUUGGAAGCUGUUUAAAGGACGCUACCGGUGAUUUUUCACAAUUUGUAGUAAAUGGGCUUUGUUUACUACAAAUUGUGUAAUAUUUUUAUCAUACACAAGUUUCCAGUCUCUUAGGUACACGUGUACAAUCUAAUGCAACUUUUCACUAGAGCCCUGCAAUAGAUCCAACCUUAGUUAAUCCUAUAAUGCUCAUGUUAUUGACACUGUCAGAGAGGCGCUGAUUAAAGUACGUGGUCAUUCAGGAGGCAGUGAUACUGUUAAAUUAUUUUGCAUAUACUGAAGGGUGUUCCUAAAGUCUGGAAACUGUGUGUAAAAGUUGCUGUUUGGCAGCAGAGUCUGAAGGUCAGAUGUCGGAUGUUCAUAUUCAUUGAACGCACCAACAAUGAGGAGUUUGAAAAUAGUUCUUGCUUGCAACACCUUUUCCAGUCUAAAUAUCCACUGUGAUUAGCUACUUCCAUUUCACUGAUUUUCAUAUUGUACAGAAAUGAAUGGAAAUCAGCAGCUACCUGAAAGGUCAGAAAUAAUUCUAAAACCUUGUAAAUGGUCAGAAUUGCUGGAUUAACGACAUAUGUAACUUGCAGUUAAUCAGUUAGAUCAUGCAUACCCCCCAGAACAGUCUGAAAAACUUUUUUUCCAUACUCAAAUGAUCUGGGCUUCUCUUUCCUUUAAUGAGUUAUAAUAUCGAUUCCAUGUGCCUUGUGUCCAAGCGUUCAAAGUGUUAUUUAAUAUCUGAGAACCUUGUGAUUCAUUCAGCUGUAAGGCAGACACUGCAGUUCGAUGCUUCUCUCAUCCAAUAAUCUGAUGUGAAGAGAAUUCUGCUCCUCACGUUACACUCUCUGAUCAAUAUAAUAUUUUACAGCAUCUCCCAGUACUGACAUGUGUGAAACAGGGGAUGUCGUACAGCCUGCGUUAAGACAUUUCAUAUACUCAUCAUGUUUGUUCAUAUAAACCUUUACAUUUUACAGUUGGAAUAAUCAGUGACAACUCAUUGUGUAGCCCUUCAAUAACACAGUCAAACAAGUGUGAUAUCAGGCACACACUUGGACAGCCGCAAUCUUUGCUCAAUGACCCCAUACAAACCUCAACUGUUGGAGUCAAUAGAUGAAUGUCAGUUGGACUGUUGGCUAGCAGCACUGUUGUUGUCGUAGCAGGGAACACUGUACAUUGUUUUGCCAUACAGUAUGAGUCAGUGGUAUUUUAUUUUAAAAUCUGAUGAUCUAAAUCCCUUGAGAAGUGAGUGCGCUUUGUAUAUCUGCACAAAAACACUACAUGACUGACCCAAAAAAGUAAUAGAUCCAAUCUGUAACCCAUUGCAUGGAUUCCUCUUUUUAUAUUGGCUGCUUUUACAAAUGAUACAUUCUAGUCAUAUCAGAUUUAUUGUUAAUAAAACUGGCCGACUGCAAAAUGUGUUGAUGUUGAAAACCUAGUGCUCUUUAUAAAUAAAUUAUCAGGGAUUUUUGGGGACUUUUCUUUCUUCCAGCUGGCAUCACAAAUAGCAUGUUAAUUGAAUGGUAAACAAAGCAGGUAAUAUGAUAAUUUGGCCUGUCAAUAAAAUUAAAACCUGGUUGUAUGUACCGGUAUGCAUAUUUACACUAAGUCAGCUAUAUUUGUAACUCACAAAAAUGUAGCAAGUUCUGCAGCUAAUAUUUUUAAACCUGCCUGAUUUUGGAUAGUUGUUGAAAAAACUGAAUAUUCUCCCAUUAUUUUCUUUCCCCUUUUUAUUAUGACAUUAAUCAGGCACGUUGUUCAUUUGUUUGUUUGUUUUUUUUUAAUUCUGAACUCCACUGCUCUGUGUUGAAAAUGUAAAAUAACAUAGAUAGUUAGAGUCCAAGUCUUUUAGAUUGGUUUUACUUUUCAUGGAAUGAUGACAUUUUUGCACAAACUCUUGUUUUUCAAGAUCUUUGACUUCCUCUGUAAUUACAAUGAGGAUUUUAAUAAACAUUCCCAGUCUUAUUUUAUUUUUACUCUGAUUUGGUCUA